AUGAAGAAAUUCAAAUGGGAUGAGGAUUGCCAAGCCGCAUUUGAAGAAUUGAAGUCAUUCUUGACUAACCCGCCCCUACUAAGUAGGCCCGUAGCCGGGGAGAACCUGUACCUGUACUUAUCGGUAGGGAGAGAGACUAUCGCCUCAGUACUAGUACGGGAAGAAGAGGAGGAGCAAAGGCCAAUCUACUACAUAAGCAGAAUGCUAAAAGGGGCAGAACUCAAUUACCCAACCAUAGACAAACUCGCACUUUCCGUUGUCAUAACCACCAAAAAGCUCAAACCAUAUUUCCAAGGACACACAGUCAUAGUGCGCACAAACCAGCCUUUGAGGAAAGCACUGUAUCGACCUGAGACUUCGGGACGAUUGGUCAGUUGGUCAGUACAACUGGGAGAGCACGACAUCAGGUACAAACCAAGGACCUCCUUGAAAGCCCAGGCACUCGCGGAUUUCGUGGCUGAGAUGACAGAGAAACCGUGGGACUCAGCAACCGAGGAGUUAACAUGGAACCUAUUCGUAGACGGAGCCUCCAGUGACAAGGAGCCGGAGCAGCAAAUAUUUCUGCCAUAUGCUAACAAUGUAGCAGAAUAUGAGGCCCUCUUAACAGGACUCGAAAUUGCGACAGAAACCAAGGACCAAAACAUGGCGAAAUACAUGGCAAGAGCGAAGGAACAACUCAAGAAGAUCGAAAAGAACGGAGGACAAUGGGAAAUAAUACCCAUCCCCAGAGAAGAGAACACCAGAGCAGACGCAAUAGCCAAGGCAGCCGCAGUGAAAAGCCAGCUAUAUGUGUCGCUCCAGAUGAAGGAGGAACGGAUGACACCAACAGUAGAGGGGCAGCAGGUGUUACCAGUCGCAGUACUUGAUCCAUGGAUGCAACCCAUAGUGGCAUAUUUGGCGGACGGAGUCCUACCUGAAGGACGCACCGAGGCGGCCAAGCUAGUUCGAAUUUCCUCUGUUUACUCAUUAAUAGAGGGAGCACUGUAUCGGACUUCAGUCACACACCCAUGGUCUAAAUGCAUAUCACUAGAAGAAGGAAGCUACGUCCUUUGGGAAAUCCAUGAAGGAGAAUGUGGAGCUCACGAGGGCGCAGUCACUCUAUAA